UUUCUCUCCGCUCCACGACCGCUCCAACAACGCUCGGGCGGUGUGACAAGGCCUUUAAACGUUGCACAAACUUUGAUGGAGCGGUUGUACGGGGUCGCUCGAACUGUGUCUGGCGUUGAAGCAGCGACCCUUUGCGGUGGUGAACUUUGGUUUGGCAUUGGUAUGGAGGUGUCGGAGCGGACCAGCGCCAAAGCAACGCCGGCUUCAGUGGUGCACCGCUAAGGCAAUGCCCGUGUUUUCGAUUUUCCCCCAUUUUGUGCGAAGUGACGAGCGUUGUCGAAAUUUAGCGGUGUGACCGAUUUUUGACUUUUGAAUUCAUUGUUCUUGCGAUCAUCAGCCCAUGAAAAUAGGCGAAUUCGACUUCAGAUCACUCCAACGUAUCAUGCAUAUUGCAGCUAUAACUAGGGGAUUCCAAAGAAGAAUAAAGGCUCUUUCAACAUGUUCAAUGGGUUAUACACAUGAUUAUAGAAAACAGCAUUGAAGCUGAUUGUUAUGAAACAUUCUUAUUUUUUCUACCAUUCGAUUCGGGGGUAGAAAUGCUGUCGAGUUAUACUUUCGCAAGUAGGACAUGAAACCUUUUGGAACAAUGUUGUGGUAAUUCAACAAACUGCAUUUUGGUACGUUUACAAGAAAAGCCGGGCCAGCUGACUGAAGAUUUGGGUCGAAGACUUAUUUCGUAAUAAUCCCCUGACACUUCGAGCAUGCAAUCAGAAAAUCGCCGACAGGAGACAGAUCCGGACGGACUCGAUAUGGAUCAUUUGAGAGACGUUAUAGUUGUUGGAGCGGGCCUUAGUGGUUUAUCAGCCGCCAUGCUCUUACAUGAAUCUGGCCAAGAUGUACUGGUACUAGAAGCAAAUGAUCGAGUUGGAGGACGGACUCUCAAUUUCUAUGACGAGGCAAUAGACUACACCGAUUUGGGCGGGGCUUACAUAGGACCUACCCAGGAUCGCAUCUACCGACUCGCCAAAGAAAUGGGUGUGGACACCGUACGUUGCUAUGACACCGGAAUGGCAAUUUCAUACCACAGGGGAAGGUGGCGGAAGAUGUCGGGUUUGCAUCCUGGCACCUGGAAUCCCCUGGAGAAUCUAGAACUCAACCACUUUUGGCAUCUCAUAGAUAGAAUGGGAGAAAAGAUUCCGUUGGAUCGUCCCUGGGACUUCCCUGAAGCCGCAGAAUGGGAUAGCAUGACGGUGAAGGAAUGGGCUGAGAAGACCUUCUGGUUCCAACUGACCAGAGAUGUGCUCUAUGUCCAUUGUUCUGCUGAAUUCUGUGCCGAGGCCAAGGAUCUAUCUCUCCUCUAUUUCCUCUGGUACAUUAAAGAAGGCGGUGGAUAUAUGCGGCUGUCGGCUACUGACAAUGGUGCUCAGGAAAGAAAGUUCGUGGGCGGAAGUCAAAGAAUUUGCCUCAAUAUAGCAGAACGUCUUGGGAGAGGUAAUGUUUUACUGAGUAAACCAGUGUCUAGUAUAGAACAGGAUUCCGAUGGAGUGAAGGUAACGACAAUAUCUGGAGAUUCAUUUAAGGCAAAGUAUAUAAUAACGGCACUUCCUCCGGCGAUGCUUUGUAAGAUUAAAUUCACGCCAAGUCUCCCAGCCCUCAGAAAUCAGCUGAAUCAAAGAUAUCCAAUGGGAUCUGUGAUCAAGACUAUGAUGUAUUAUAAACGCCCAUUCUGGCGUGAUCAAAAUUUUUCAUGUAAUAUCUACGCAGACGGGAUUAUUUCAGCGACUCAAGACGACUGUUCGGAAGGCAGUAAUGCUAUUAUAGGAUUUAUGACGGGUGAUUCGGCAAGAGAACAUUGUCAUCUUACAAAAGAAGAAAGGAAAGAUCUAAUCGCCAAACAAUAUGCUGUACUGUUGAGAACUGACGAAGCACUUGAGCCAAUAUUCUAUGUUGAGAAGAACUGGAUGGAAGAGCCUUAUAUUGGUGGAGGAUAUGUAGGAUACACUGCUCCAGGUGUUAUAACAAAGUACUGCAAGGUUAUUCGAGAGCCAAUCGGUCGUCUUUUCUUUGCUGGUACCGAGACAGCUACAAAGUGGUCUGGAUACAUGGACGGGGCUGUCCAGGCAGGAGAGAGGGCUGCAAGAGAGGUUCUACAUGCAAUGGGUAAAGUCCGGAAAGAUGAGAUAUGGCAAGAAGAGCCUGAAUGUAAGGACAUGCCUGCACUUCCAUUCCAAGAAACCUUCCUCGAGAGAAGUCUACCGUCCGUGAGUGGCUUCUUAAUCUUCCUAGGAACUUCUCUCACUCUAUUAGCAGUAGGCGAGGCUCUGUGGAUGUGUAGAGGUGCCCUCCAACUACAAAGGGUCAACUAAGCAACUCUCUGGAAAUAUUCAAGUAUGGGGGGAAUAUACGCUCUACUAGGUGGUGAACUUAGUAAGACUGAAUCACUGGAUUUGGAAUGGAAGAGUACGUUUGUUAUUGGCGGGAGUGAUGACUUACAGAGCUGUCUGUGAUUUCUCAGGGAUAUAAGUGAACAAACACUUAAUGUGUAACAACUCGAAUCCGCUUUGAACUCAUAAAGAUUUAUUGGAUGUAUCUGGAAUAGUAGUGUCUAUAUUUAUGUAUAACUCGCAAGUGGUCACUCCGAGAUCCCUGCAGUGAUCAGAGAAAGAACUCCCUACACGAGUGGACAGAAGAAACAGGAAAAUAUCCACUCCGACUUCACUCUAAAUCCACUGUUGGGAAAACGCUCAAAGAAUAACUUUUUGCUCUCCUUUUUAUCUCUCCCACUAGAGGUGAGGGCGAUCCAAAUGUCCAAACCUUAUGACACAUAACUCCGCAACCAUUAGUCACUUUUCAACCAAACUUGGAUGGUAGAUGGACUUGGGUGACCU